AAUGGGAAACCUGGCAGUUGAAGCGUCAUGUCAGCGAGUCUCCGUAGGGAUAGCAUAUAUACUCUAGAUAGUCCACACAUGGUACGUACCCCAAAUGUGCAGAAGGUACGUGGGUACGGUUGCAGUGUCUGUGUCGCGAGAUCUGUGUAAGGUUGUAGUUCGGCCGGUGGGAAGGUUGAUCAAAGGCAAGGUGCUUGUGGUGGGGAGGUUGUUCACCUGAUACGUUAGACUGAAAUGGUAGGUGCAGCAGCCAAAGCAAUCGAUACGCAUCAUGUCGCUUGGCAUCUUUGAGUAAGAUCCAACCAACCCCACGUCUGCCCCACCAUACACCCACGACCACCGAAAUUCGAAAAAUGGCCGACAGCCAGCUCUUGCAGAGCCUUUCCGAUGAAUUUCAAGCGCUCCAGAAAGACCUGAGUACCGUGGUUGAGGCGCGUCAGAAACUCGAGUCGCAAUUGCAGGAAAACCAGUCCGUGCAGAAAGAGUUCAGCGGGCUGGAAGACGAUGCCAACAUCUACAAGCUGGUUGGCCCGGUGCUUCUGAAGCAGGACAAAGCGGAGGCCGUCAUGAACGUUGACAAGCGUUUGGAAUAUAUCCAGUCGGAGAUAAAACGGAUCGAAGGCCAGAUUAAGGAUAUCGGCGACAAGCAGGACAAGAAGAAGAUGGAGAUCAUGCAGGUGCAGCAACAGCUUCAGCAAGCGGCAGAAGCGGCGCAGGGAUGAUGUGCGAUUCAUGGCGAUACCAAAAUAUCUUGUAGAAGACGUUCUAUGCUCGUGGCACCGCACACGGGAUAUGCUCGUAAUAGAACAGUCCACCUCAAUCACUACAAGGCACCCUACAGAUGCAGCCAUGAUAUAACACCCAUUACCCAGUUUUAUUCGACUCCUGCGCAGCUACUCCUCCCUGCUCCUGCUCUUCUUCUUCUUCUUCUUCUUCUCCCCAUCCCCAGAAGACUUUUGUCGCUUCUUUUUCCGUUCCGGCGAUCCCUCCUCCACGUGGGUCUCUCCUGCCCCGUCCACAUCCAUUGCAUCCUCUGCAGCCAUAUCCACAUCAUCCACAGACCCGAAAGGUCGGAAUCGCAUCCGUAGACCCUCAGGCUGCAGGCGAACGGGUUGCCUUUC